AUGAGAUUUUUAUCCACACUCAGCUUAUUGAGAGUUAAGGUUCCUGUUUUGUCGCUGCAAAGCACAUCCAUGCCAGCCAUCUCCUCGAUAGCCGUCAUUCUCUUCGUUAUGGCACCUUGCUGGGAUAGCCUGUGGGAACCAAUGGCCAUGGUGACAGACAGGACGGUCGGCAUAGCAAUCGGUAUACCUCCAAUCAGGAGGACCAGGAGGUUGUCGAUCCCAUCCCUGUACUUGCGCCUUUGGAUCGGAUACAUGACAAUGAUCUCAACAACCAUGCCGACAGCAAUUGAGCAGAUACAGAAGUUACCGAUUGCCGUCAGGACUUUCUGGAAAUGA